AUGUACCUUUGGAUUGUCGGACAGUUUGUCGAUUGUCUGCUGAACAAGACGACAUCCGUACUUGUCCUGGCAAACAGUCAUCAAGUUAUCAUCACGGCAAAGAAACUUGACGAAGAAACUCCAAGCGCCAAUUGGAAGAAGCUUAACAACUUUUUGGAGAACGUGAAUGGCACAUUGGUCAGUACACAAUGGAAGGAAGUUGAGAGUACUGAUUUUAUGUACAAGCUUCAUCGCGAUAGACUCAUCGAACUUCUGAAAUCAUAUAGCAUGUUUAUUUCCGAAAAUCGGUUAUCAUUUUACCUGGAUAGAGAGCUGAACAACUCGGCAUGCAAAUUUGUCAAGACACAUUUCGAUCAAACCAUUCUCACUCAUUGUGCUGACAAGACGAUCCUGUUCUUCCAACGAAGCAUGUUCAACAAACUUCUGGAUGAUGAAAUUGCCGGCUGCACUGCGGCAAAGACUUGUGAAAACUGUACUUUGUUCAGUGAGUUUAUCGAACAGCAAGCUGUGCAUCUCGUCGUCUUGCUCCGAUGGGAAAUGACUUUCCAAGAACUUGACUCCAGUUCUAUCCAUGGCAAAAUCGAUAAGCGAUCCGUUACGAACAACAUCUUGAAGCUGAAAUCCGCGAAAGAUUCGUUACCGAAAGAGAAAUCCGCUAGACCGAAAUCAGCUGGAGUCAUGUUCAAUGGUUCCUUUGGUGUGGAUUGGGUGAUUGCAGUCAGACGGCACGGACCAUUUGAUUUGACAAAUGGAUGUGGGGACAUGAAUCGUCUGAAUGAGGAACAAAUUAUCCAUUCAGAAAUGAUGAGAUUGCUCGAAAAAAUUCUUUCUCUUGCUGGAGAGAUGAAAAAUUUCGAACUGCAGAACCAAAAAGCGACUGUAAUCUGGGCAAGCGAGUGGGUUGAAAAAGUUGAUAAUUUGAACGACGCAAUCGAAAACCUGGCAGUCCGCAUCAUGAUAGCGGAGAGCUUCAAACAGAUCAAUUCGUCUCAUUCCGAGCCAUUGAAGAAUAAACUCACCGAAAUCGUCAUUGUAAUGAGUAAAAUUACUGAAAACAUGUACAAAAUCAUUAAUCGCAACCAAGACGAGCGUUUGAAUGCUGCAAAGAUUAUAGCCGAGCAGCGCAUCAACAUCUUAUUGAUUGAAAAAGAGAGGAUCACAAGAUUGUUAGAAGCUCAGAAAUUGAAAAUUAAACAGAAAGAAGAGUUGGAACGGCAGAAGUCGGAAGAAGUCCGUUCGACAGAAAUGAGACGAGAAAUGCGUAUCAAAGCAUUGGAAGAACAUAAAAAAUAUCUCGCUUCUCGUCAAGCCAUUGAAUUUCUUAAUUCGGUGAAUGAUGCUACUGUCAUCUCAAGUCAUUCUAACGAAGAUACGAACACUAUUAUUGAAGACGAAGGACUUCAUUGUCGGAAGAAACGUCGAUCUCGUAGUCUCGCUCGCAAAGUUGUCGGUCGUGUAAAGAAAACGAUUCGUAGAAGUAUCUCAGCUGUGAACAACUAUCUUCCACAUCUUCAUCAUCACGAUAAACAAGAAUAG